ACCAAAGAAGAUGAAUCCUUGCAGUCACGAAAGCUUUAAAUCGAAACCAUACAAAAGAUUAUAAAAGUAUCCGCCGCUCUGUCCCAAGUCCCUCGCUGUGCGGCGCAACUGAUAAACUUUUGUUCGUGCCCGUGGUUCAUUGUAAACAAGAAAUCUGGUCUGGCGGGUUAGCCGAGGUAUGUGUGUCGUUCUAAAAAUACACCUUUUACUGGCACCAGUGACGUGGGUUGCGUCAGCAUGAUAAUGUUGCGAUUAUCCCAGGCGAGCCCGUGGUAGAAAAACACUGAAAAACCCCAACGGCAGUUCAGGUCAAAGCAAGUCGCUGUCACGAGGCUUGGGGAUGAGAAGACUCACUGGGUUGAAGCUCCAGAGACUCGCAAAGAUUCAAGAUCUUGACAGCUGGUGAUGCGCGCAUGUUGAUGACUUGAAGUGCAAAGAAGAACACAGAAUCAAGGGGCUUGUACGCCCUCGCCACUGGGUCACGUGUCGCACAUUCGAGCUCUUGUUCGCGACGGUGCAAUGUACGAGUCGAACGCUUCUGAAUGCCACGGUGCCGACGCAGAGGGCUGCGCUUGCAACGACGCGGAGGCCGGACGGAGCCCCGCUUUGGCCGUCGGUGGCAGUCGAGAUGCCGACGCCGAUUUGACCCCGACGAGCAUCAAUCCGUUUGCAGCGUGCGCACCUCCUGCAGGUGCGAGUCCGUCGACUCGAAGCCUCGACGAAACACCGCCGCCUGCGAACGGCGCCGGUGAGCAGGCGCGCGUUUCGGAGACUCACGUGGUGAACACGUCCGGAAUCGGUGUCAGCGCUGGUCCCGCGCCACCUGACCCAGGGAAUGAAAACAGCGCGCGCGAAAUACCAUCGCGUUACAAACCGCCCGAAAACGCACCGCGGGCGGGCGACGCUGUUGAGAUAUCAUUCGUUGAGCCCGGCAACGACUUUGUGGACUUGUCAGAGCGGAACGCCGUCGCCGCUUUAAGCGUGGACCAACUGCCAACCCCCAUCGUGAUCGGCUGCGAUCUGUUGCUGGAGGCUGCAUGUCAACGAGCCACUCCGACUGUGCAGCCGGACAAACUUUCGCUCGCUGAACGUCCACCUUCCUCCAAAAACGGCGACACGGUCCCUGACGGAGCACCCGCGGAAUGCAAAGUUUCGCUGGAGCAACGACAAGGUUCUGUCACGCUAGACGUGCGGCCCACCAAUGGAUCUGUGCGCUUAGGUCGCUGGAAAAGUUUUAGGAAUUCGCUCGGCGCUAACAGCCUGUCUGUUGAAAGUUCAAUCAUAAGCGACACCGAAUCUUACAUUCUCACACUCGGCAGGAAAGCCAGCGCUUGGGUAUCAAACGAGACUUACGUUCAUGAUUCUCAGCAGCAAUAUAAUCAUCAUCAGCAGCAGCAGCAGCAACAGCGUGGAACUGCAAGUGUUCCACCAGCCAAGAAAGCCAGUCCACACAAGGAGAGAUUUUACAGAUUUGGAAAGACUGUGCUGUGGGUGCUCUUCGCGAUAUUUUUGGUCGCUUUGUCACCACUCAUCAUGAUCGGAUAUGGGAUUUACGCCGUCAUUAACUGUAUCGCUUGUCCAAAAGAAAGGUCCAAUGACACGGUCACCUAAACUACUGGUUACAAAAGCUGCGUCCCGAAUACAUCUGUCAAACCAGAUAUCUCCGAGUGACAGUAUCUGUCUGCGGGAAAUCGCAUGUCCAAGAACAACAUUUUCACAAUAAUAUUGUAAGGGGUUUUUUUUUUAAUCAAGACUGCAUCGAUAACAUCUCGCAAGUUAUAGCCAACAGUGCAAACUUAGUUACAUUGCUUGGCGCCCCUGUUUACUUCAUCAACAAAUCCGUGCACCAUGUGUAAUUCGUAUAUAACGGGAAAUAAUAAUUAUCAUCUAUGUAUACAGAGGGGAGUGCGGGUGGUAGUGGUAAGUGUAGUGCGAUACGAACACAGGUGACUUGAGUUCAAUUUUCAACGAAAAGAUAGCAUCAGCCCUAAAUUAUUAGCUGGUGCAGUGAAUUAAAUUUGUGGUGCUGGCCACCUCGCUAUUCGACUGUGUGUGAGCAUGGAGCUAUCGCUGUAUAUACACAAUAUGUGCAUGUACAUAAUAUAAUAGGUUUGACUUUGCAAACGGUAAUUCAAAUUGUUAAACACCAAUGUUUAUCCUUUUGUAAAAAAAAAAUUAUAUCAAAUAAAAUACUCUGGAAUGGAGGUUAACUAAUGCAGCAUGGCAAAACUAUAAUUAUCAAAUACCCCUCGAAUGUUUUAUUUUUUUUAAAUAAAACUAUUGUGUUAAAACCAAGCAAUUCUAAGAGAGAGAGAGGGUGAGCUGACAACUUAAACUGUCAGGGUUGUGGAAUGGCCGGGUACUUUCAACCGAACGCAGCUACCCUUGUGGAGAAGCUGUCAUUUUCAAUUGUCGAGGUCGAGUUUUGACCCUUUCAAUCUGGAAAUUUCACCUCCAGCACAGGCCCGUGGCAGGCUUGGGGCAUUUUGUGGACAGAAGCCUCUGCUCUGUCAGCUACAACCGGUCGAAGGCAGGCGAUCCCCACGUGUCGUUCUGCUUUUGGUAAAAUCCAGUCGACAAACUGCAGGUGUUACAUUCACGGAUGUUAAUGCACAAUUAUCUAUACCUGCAUAACUUGUAUUGGUCAACUAGUCGCAUUUAAGCACACAAACGUGCAAAUUACUUACAAUGUCUCGAUCGCGCUGUAUAUAGCACGCAAAUGAGGUUGAUGGUUUGAACUGCGUUCUGUUAGGCGUGAUGUCCAAUGUUUCGCACCGUGGUGGGGAGGUUCUCUUUCAGGAACUAAAUUCAGUGCAUAUUAAAUUCGAAUGCAGCUCCCAAACAAGCCACCGAGCACGUGGACAUCGUGGCGAACAAAAACGCGCGGUACAACCCCAACACCUCAUCGGAGAGCUGUACAAGUUAUUUCUUACCUGUGUGGCAAUUUUACAUGGCCACAAUUACGCGGUGAUGAUAUACAAACGUCCAAAAAUUCGCUCUGUCUGCAUCAUCGGCAGUCAUUAUUACACAGGCACACACACACACAUACAUUUGCAGUUCGAUUGUGGAAUGCACAAUUUUUUUGCUCAGGGAUGUCCAAAUCCCACUGCCGUUCUCAAGCAUGCAUGGCCACAAUAUGCCAAAUGACUCCCCCCACCCCCGCCUCUCCAAUGAGUAAACACAGGCUGUGGUGCAAUUAGUAAUAAUAUACAAGGUAAUCAAUAUGACGGGGACAAAGGAUGAGUUGGGUCAAGGGGGUCAUCAUAAGGCCUCAGUAAAGCCUCAUUUCUCAUAAAGUGGUCUUCUUGGCCAAAUCCUGUUUAUAUUCCGGUCAACUCGACAUUUUAACUUCCAUUUAUAUAUUCCACCGCGAAGCAGUUGGAAAUAUAUAUAAAAUCAAACAUUUUCAAACAUUUACAAACAUUGUGAACAAUUGCACGUAAUGUACCCUAAUACAUUAAAGAUUGCGUGUAUUUUACAUAGCUGUGCAUCUUGAAUGCAAAUGGUUAGCAUUAGUAUGCAUGGGCGUUGUACGACAAUAAACACAGCGUGGAGUUUCAAAACGUAAAAGAGCUCAAAGACCGCAGCCUCCUCAAAAACCCACGCAGGGCGUUGUGGAUGUUGAAUUCGUUUCCAGCGCCUCUAGUUACACAGGAUCGUGUAUUUCUUCAGUGCGAGAUAUCUUAGCAGUUAUUACGUGUGUUAUCAUUGCUCCGCUAUACAGCAUCCCUGUACGAAAAUGAAACUGUGAUUUAUUUAUUUUGCUUUUAUGGUUACAAUGAGUAAAAUGGUAAUAUUUUUUUAUGUUGCUAUCAUGUAAUUAUUUUACCGGGGGGGGAGGGAGGGGGGUGGUGUCCCUUGUUUGUCCACUCUACAAUCAGCUACUGUGAAAUAAAUGUCUUCAAAUGUG